AUGACAGAAACAAAUGACCUUAACAUUCCAGACCAAAUGCGCUCUGCGCAAUGGACAGCGGUGCCGAUCGAGUCGAGCCUGAAAGUAAAUCCCGCCACACCGCUUCCCAAAUCCGCUCGCUCGCUUCCCAAAAACUCAGCACUUGUCAAAAUCUCCUACGCGAGCAUCAACCCAGUAGACUACAAAAUUGCAGAGUUUGGACCAGGCCGGUAUGCCGCCAUGGGGAAGGGGCCUUGGAUCCCAGCAUCAGACUACGCGGGAACAGUUAUUAAUACCAACUUGCCUCACAUCAAACCCGGAGACCUGGUAGCGGGUAGCAUUGUCAUUCCCAAUUAUGGGGCACUUGCUGAAUAUGCCGUCAUCGAAGGCGCAGACAAUGUUGCAAAGCUCUCUGAGGGAGUAAAUCUGAAGGAUGCUGCGUCGUUGGGAAUCGCUGGCCAAACUGCCAUGCAAUGCAUUGUGCCCAACGUCAAGGAAGGUGGUGGCUCGAAAGUUAUCAUCAACGGCGCAAGCGGUGGGACAGGAACGUUUGGUAUUCAGAUAGCCAAGAUUUUGGGCUGUACUGUGACAGCCAUAUGUUCUGGUGCCAACGUGGAGCUUUGCAAAAGUCUAGGCGCGGAUAAGGUCAUUGACUACAAGUCCGUCAAUGUAAUUGAAGAGCUCAAGAAAGACGGAGCGCAAUACGACUUGUUAGUUGAUAACGUUGCCAUGGGCGGGCCUAUCUUCGUACAGUCCCAUCACUACCUCAGGGACACCGGGCUUUAUGUGGCUAUUGCAGGAUCACCCAAUUUAUCGAGUCUUAUCGGCAUGGCCAAGAUACUCGCUCAACCAUCAUGGCUAGGAGGGUCCCGAAGAAAGGGAACCUUUAUUGCUAGGAAGCCCGGUAACGAAGAGUUUCUGAGGAUGGCUAGUUGGAUCAAAGACGGCAAGUUGAAGCCUCACAUUGAGAAGGUAUAUGCUUUAGAGGAGGCGGGAGAUGCUUUCAAGGCGCUGAAAUUGGGAAGAACACGUGGAAAGCUGGUGAUUAGGGUAUCGGAGAAGUAA